UUAGAAACCCUAGCAGCCGCGAGGGGGUUCCUUCCAUCUCUCUCGGUUCUUUCGAAGUUCGUGAAACCCUGGUCGUAAUCAACAGCAGCAACAGCAGCAGCCAUGGGCCGCAUGCACUCAAGAGGUAAGGGUAUUUCGUCGUCAGCGUUGCCGUAUAAGAGGACUCCGCCGAGCUGGCUCAAGAUCUCCUCUCAAGACGUGGAAGAGAACAUCUGCAAGUUUGCGAAGAAGGGACUGACGCCGUCGCAGAUUGGUGUCAUCCUCCGUGACUCCCACGGAAUUGCGCAGGUGAAGAGUGUUACUGGAAGCAAGAUCCUUCGCGUUCUCAAGGGCCAUGGGCUUGCUCCUGAGAUCCCAGAGGAUCUGUAUCACUUGAUCAAGAAGGCGGUGGCGAUCAGGAAGCACUUGGAGAGAAACAGGAAAGAUAAGGACUCUAAGUUCAGACUUAUCCUUGUUGAGAGCAGGAUUCACCGUCUGGCUCGAUAUUACAAGAGGACCAAGAAGCUUCCUCCUGUCUGGAAAUACGAGUCUACCACCGCAAGCACUCUUGUGGCUUAAGUUUUUCUUUGAAGAUGUCGGCCAAAGUGGAUGCUUGUGGGGAGGAAAAAGAGGGGAUGUGAGUCUCUUUGAAGUACUUGAUCUGAUCAAUGGCUUCAUCAGAGUAAUGAACUAGGUCUUGUUUGUUUUCUGUUUUUGUGAACCGAAAUACAAUUUUGACGUUUAGAUCUUAAUAUGCUUUUUGUUGCUUCAGUUUGUCAUUAGCAUUUAGUAUUUCAUGAGAAUUGAGUUAUAUGUUACAAAUCUAUUUUUAUCCUGUCCUGUCAAGUACAAGGAAGAGUAGUUAAAUUUGUAUGAACUCUA